AUGAGUUUGGCUGAAAGGUAUAAUAUUUUAAGAGAGAAGCAAUGUUGCUUUGCUUGCUUAACACCAAAGCAUACAUCUCGUUCUUGUAAGGCAUUUUUAAGAUGUGUAAUAUGUGGGAAAAAGCAUGUCCCACUUAGUUGUGAGUCUCUAGAGGCUAAGAAUCAAGAUUCAUUCAAAAGUGAGAAUAAGAGUCCAAAUGUGGAAGUUAAUAUGGCCAACAACACUUCUAGUCCCAGGGUGUUCCUCCAAACGUUGAAAUUAAAAAUGGUGUGUGGUAACAAAGAAAUCCCAGUUAGGGCAAUUCUAGAUUCUGGGUCACAAAAGACUUAUGUAUUAAAGAAUGUUGUUGAGAAAAUGGGAUACAUCCCACUCAGAAAAGAAAUUCUGAUGCACUAA